AUGAGUACCUUUGGGUACCACAGUGAGCUGAAGAAGUACGAGGAGGUAGAUGAAGAGGAGCUGCUCGCCACGCUGUCCUCUGCGGAGCUCCAGGAGCUGGAGAGAGAGCUGGCUGACCUUGACCCUGACGAUAAUGUGCCAAUCGGCCUGAGGCAGAAAGACCAGACUGCCAAAACCCCGAUGGGCAACUUUGACAGGGAGGCUCUGUUGAAAUACUGGGAAGACGAGAACAAGAAGCUGCUAGAGGAUGAGAAGGUGGAGUCCAUCCCUAGACAGGAGGGCUACCCAGAUGAGAGCAGGGGGAAGCGUGUGUCGGAGACCAGUAGUAACUGUGGCAAGACUCAGGACAAUGACAGGAAAACGAUUUUAAAUAAAAAAGGCAGUGAUGUUGGAACAAAUUAUACAAAGGCAGAUGAGGUGGAAAAGAAAGAUGAGUGUAAAAAGGAGGCUCCAAUCAAAAGUAAAUGUCCUCAAAAGAACAGUUUUUCUAAAGGCUCAAGGGGUGAACUGAGGACUGAAACCACAGACCUAAACCUGGACAUGCCUUCUGACAGACCGAGUGGGAACCCCACCAUUCUCGACAAAGCUUUGGAGCAGAUUCUGGGAGACAACCCUGCCAUGGAUGAAGUCAACCUCAACAACAUCGAAGAUAUCUCCCAGGAGACAUUGCUUCGCUUUGCUGAAGCACUGUGCACAAACACACAUGUGCAUGUAUUCAGUCUUGCCAACACUCAUGCUGAUGAUCGUGUCGCUUUCGCAAUCUCCAAGAUGCUCAGAGAGAACUGCUCCAUUAAAAACCUGAACAUCGAGUCCAACUUUGUGUCGGGUCAAGGCAUCCUGUCUCUGCUCGCAGCACUGCAGGACAACAGGACGCUGGUGGAGCUUCGCUUUCACAACCAGAGGCACAUCUGUGGGGGUAAGGUGGAGAUGGAUAUGGUCCAGUUGCUGCGGGAGAACACAACCCUGCUGAAGCUGGGCUACCAGUUUGACCUACCAGGCCCUAGGAUGACGGCAACCAGUAUCCUGACACGCAACCAGGACCAACAGCGACAGAGGAGGCUUCAACAGAAGAAGGAACAAAGUCCUCCCGAGGUGUCUGGACAGGUUUCUGGUUCAUCUACUGAUAACAAACCACUAAAAAUGCAGUCAGAAUCCUCGAAGACUGUUGAAACUCAGAAAAGAAAACCUCCUCCUUCAUCCCUUGACCCAUCAACAAGGAAGAUUGCCGAAAUGUUCAAACAGCAUGAAGGUUCCAACAGCACAAAGGGUCAGUCAAACCAGAGGAAGCCCAAGUCAAAGAAGCUCAAGAAUGGUGCCAAUGAAAAGGAGAGUGCUGAUAUUCUCAAAGACCUGAAAAACGCUUUGAAGCCAUCACUGCACAAGACACGAGUUGAACCAUCACAACUGAUGCCGCCACAGAGGUCAAGCCGUGACAACCUGAUGGCGGCGAUUCGUGGAAGUAGCAUCAGGUCCUUAAAAAGGGUGGAUCUGUCACAGACCUGAACUCACAGACUCAUCACAACUCUUCUCACUUUAUGCUGAAAUAUUGAAUUUUUUAUUUCACAUGAAAUGUCACUUUUUAACAAUAUCUUAUUGAACUUGUCACACAACACUUAUUUG